CUUUAAAGGAAUUGAUGUCUUUUAGAAAAACAACUUUCUCUUAAUAUUCUACUAAUGUAUUGAAGCUCGACAAUGAGCAAGAUUAUUCAUCUGCCAAAACUGUUAAGAAAUCAAAUUACACAAUAACAACAGACUCUAACUCCCUUUAGGGCAAUCUAGAUAGUCUUGACAACUUGCUAGAUUAGCAAUCUUCUAAGAAAUCACGCUUCUUUUUUAGCUAAAAGAUAGAUAGUGAAGAAAGCACCCGAUAUAUAAAGACUGAUAGUGAUUUGUAAUAGAAGGAAGUAAAAGAAGUCCGACCUUUUCGGUUUAGGAGAAAAGAGACGCAACCAAAAAUCGAUUUAAAUGAUAAGAGUGAUGUGGACGACUUUUUCACUGGAGUGGAAAUACCAAGAAUAAGUCAAUAAGCCUAAAAAUAAAAUGCAUAUCAAUUAGUGACCUUCACUGAUUAUGUGGAAAACCUUUAUGGAAAAGAUUGGUUUUAAUAAAGAGAGAGGAAAUUUAAGAGAUAAAUCACAGUUUAAGACUUCUUUGAUACACCAUAUUGA